AUGGCCUACGUCUUCGCACUUGCAACUGGGGGCACUGCCUCCACCACAGGGCGCCAGAGCGGCACCGCGAUAAAGCGGUUCAGACAAUGGCAUGGCGUCUUCCCAAACCGGAUUUGGUUAAUCCGCCUUGAAGCCGUGUCAGCCGCCGAAUCUAAACGCUCGACUUGCAUGAUACUCACGGGUACGAGCUCGCCGUUACACCGCUUCGCUCUGCCAAACGGAGCGGUGACGACAGUGAGGACCUAA